UGAAGAGUGGGACAUAAAUAUUGUUAGUCUAAGAAAGGUGGCGAUUCUGUGAAAAAAACUUUUCGCAAAAAUGAGUGACAUAACGAAGAACAGGAUACAAACAUUCAAAAAUAAAGGCAAAGACCAAGAGGAGAUGCGGAGAAGGCGAAAUGAAGUAACAGUGGAGCUGCGGAAAAAUAAAAGGGAAGAAUCGAUUCUUAAAAGACGUAAUGUUCCUGUUGUAGAUUCAACUGACGAAGAUGACUUAUCAUCUUAUAAUUUAAAGAAACUAGUCGCGUCUGCCGGAAAUGUGAAUGAUCCAGCUGAGCAACUUCAGGCUGUCCAAGCUGCAAGACGGCUUUUGUCAUCUGAUCGAAAUCCUCCAAUAGAUGAUUUGAUUGAAAGUGGUAUAUUGCCCAUUUUGGUAGCUUGUUUAGAACGGGAUGAUAACCAGAUGUUGCAAUUCGAAGCGGCUUGGGCUCUAACAAAUAUCGCAUCGGGAACACAAGCCCAAACGAACCAGGUUGUUACUGCAGGCGCCGUUCCCCUAUUUCUAAGACUCUUGACGUCACCAGCCACAACAGUGAGCGAACAAGCCGUUUGGGCUUUAGGAAACAUAAUUGGGGAUGGACCAGCUUUGCGUGAUUAUGUUAUAAAUUUAGGAGUGGUUCAACCUCUAUUAUCAUUCAUCAAGCCCGAUAUUCCCAUAUCGUUUUUAAGAAACGUUACUUGGGUCAUUGUUAAUUUAUGUCGAGCAAAGGAACCGCCACCUCCAAUGAAUACCAUCCUCGAAAUUCUUCCAGCAUUGAACGUCUUGAUUCACCACACCGACGUUAACAUCCUCGUAGAUACCGUGUGGGCUUUGAGUUACUUAACAGACGGAGGAAAUGAGCAAAUACAGUUAGUAAUCGAGAGUGGAGUAGUACCGAAAUUGAUACCGCUUCUUUCACAUGUGGAAGUAAAGGUACAGACCGCUGCUUUACGAGCAGUUGGUAAUAUUGUGACGGGGACAGAUGCUCAGACACAGGUUGUUUUGAAUUGUGAUGCACUUUCACAUUUCUCGUCGCUUUUAAGUCACUCUAAGGAAAAACUCAGAAAAGAAGCUGUUUGGUUUUUAUCAAACAUCACUGCUGGUAAUCAAGCACAAGUUCAAGCGGUAAUAGAUGCUGGAUUACUACCUAAAAUAAUUGAAAACUUGUCCAAAGGAGAAUUUCAAACGCAAAAAGAGGCAGCAUGGGCUAUUAGCAAUCUUACAAUUAGCGGGAACCAUAUGCAAAUUAUGACUUUGAUCAAUCAUGGUGCUAUUCCACCGUUUUGUGAUCUGCUGAACUGUAAAGAUACACAAGUUAUCAAUGUAAUUCUUGACGGAAUAAAUAAUAUGUUAAAAAUGGCUGGUUCAGAAGCUGAACGUAUAGCUAACCUCAUAGAAGAAUGCGAUGGAGUUAGCAAAAUUGAAGAGCUUGAAAAUCAUGAAAACGCAGAAAUAUACAAAUUAGCAUAUGAAAUUAUCGAAAAAUUCUUUUCUGCUUCUACGGAUGGAGCUGAAGCUGGCGUAUUGAAUGAAGACGAAGGAUUUAGUUUUAAUCAAGAUGUUAUACAGGAGCAAUUUCAAUUUUAAAUGCUUUUGGAUCCCUUACAAUUUAUCUAAAAUAAUAUGUAACAAUAUGUAUUUAAUGUUUUAUUUUUUUUUCUUUUUGUAAAGUAAAUAACAAAAAAAAAUCAUUAUUUUAUUAAAUAAAUAAAAAAAAGAAGAAGAAU